AUAGAAUUGUGCAAAGCGUCCUUAGGGCACGUCAUUUCCGCUAGGUUCACCCGCUAAGGGUUGAAGCAGGGGCUCGGAGUUGUAUUCCGGUACACAUUUGAACAAUUUUAUUUUCGUUUAAAAACGUGCAAACAUCAUGACUUUCGAUGUGCGGAGGUUUGAUAUAUACAGGAAGGUGCCUAAAGACCUCACCCAGCCCACAUACACUGGAGCCUUCAUCUCGAUCUGCUGUUGCGUCUUCAUGCUCUUCCUCUUCCUCUCCGAGCUGACGGGAUUCAUAGCCACAGAGAUAGUAAAUGAACUGUAUGUGGAUGACCCAGAUAAAGACAGUGGAGGGAAGAUUGAAGUGAGUUUAAACAUCAGUUUGCCAAACUUACACUGUGAUUUGGUGGGGUUGGACAUCCAAGAUGAAAUGGGACGUCAUGAAGUUGGCCACAUAGAAAACUCCAUGAAGGUGCCACUCAACAACGGUUAUGGCUGUCGCUUUGAGGGUGAAUUCAGCAUUAAUAAAGUUCCCGGAAACUUCCACGUCUCCACGCACAGCGCCACAGCGCAGCCGCAGAACCCUGACAUGACCCACAUCAUUCAUAAACUCGCCUUCGGGGACAAGCUUCAGGUGCAAACUGUCCAAGGUGCUUUCAACGCUCUCGGUGGGGCCAACAGACUCCAGUCUAAUGCUCUGGCGUCCCACGAUUACAUCCUCAAGAUCGUUCCCACUGUGUAUGAGGACUUGUCAGGAAAGCAGAAGUUCUCCUAUCAGUACACUGUGGCCAACAAGGAAUAUGUGGCAUACAGCCACACAGGGCGCAUCAUCCCAGCCAUUUGGUUCCGUUAUGACCUGAGUCCAAUCACAGUGAAAUACACAGAGAGGAGGCAGCCCCUCUACCGCUUCAUCACAACUAUCUGUGCCAUUAUCGGUGGGACUUUUACAGUAGCCGGCAUCAUUGACUCCUGUAUAUUCACAGCUUCUGAGGCAUGGAAGAAAAUCCAAAUAGGCAAGAUGUCCUGAGUGUCCGUCUCAUUUUCUAGACAUCUUAUUUAUACCCCGCUGAGUGUCCACCCCUGCUCUGGUAUUCCACUAUGAACCCUGAGUUCCCUUUAAGAAAUGUAUUUUUACACUAUGCCAUUUCAAACCAUCUGGUUGGCUAAACAAUCUCAACAUGGCUAUUGCACAGGUUAGAGAGAAAAUGUUACCUAGAUUAAGAGAAUGCAGGUUUUGUUUUUACCAUGAUGUACUUUUGCAUCUUUUCUAUAAUUAUUCCUUAAUUGUAUUUUUGUAAAUUGUGCAGUGUGUGAAGUUCUGCACAGUUCUCAGCCAUUAGUAUUUAACUUACAGAAGCCCAUCAGAAGUACUGCUUCUUGGUAAUUCCUGUAUAUUGAAUGGAUAUUUUUACCUGUCCAAAACUGGUAACUUAUCAUAACUUCUCAUAAUUUGUGCAUAUUUACAGUAUGUCAAACAAUGUACUAAUCAUUGAGGUUAUUAUAUUGUAUUGAAGAUAGAAUCCUGUACGUUACCCAGGAUUUCUACGAUUUCUAGGAUUUCUUUGCACAAAGAUAAAGGACAUAGUGUUAGCCUACAGUAACUAUUGUGGGUGAUGUUUUGAAUUGCAUGAAAUACUGAAUUGUUCAAUGUAAAAAUCACGUUAUUGUUUACUUAGUUACACAAAUGGCCUAUUGUGCCUUAAAGUGUUUUAAAUUGACUGACCUCAGUUGGUGGAGGUAAACUUGUUCUAGAUAUUUGUUUUAUAGAUGGUUGAUUUGUUAGUGAGAGGAUAAAACUAGCUUGGUCACUACUUUGUAGUUGUUUCAAGUUUGUCAUUUGUGUUUGUCAAAUUUCAAAUGUCAAAGUUUGUCAUUUGUGUAAGGGAAAUUAUCAUUGUUUUUGCCCACCAAAGGAUUUUAAAUGAAGUGUAUAAAUAUUACUUUGUAAUGUUUCUUUCCUAGGUUUUGUUAGUAAUGACAAGAGAUGACCAGGAACAAGGAAAUAACUGAUCCCAGCUCUGAUUAAUAGAAAUCAUAUUAAAUAAGUGGGUGGAGCCUUAUUUAUGAUAUGUAGUAGUGUUUUAGAAGUACACAUGGCAACAUAGUGGAAAAUCACAACCACUGUUUGUUCAGCAGGAUCAAUGCAACCAAACUAAAACAUGGGAAGGUACAUACAACAAACCCUGCAAAAUUACUAUACAAUUAAUUAGAAAAAAUAUAUAAUGUUUGACUGAAACACAAUUUCCACCAUGAUCAUUUGUUGUUAAAGGUAUGUUGCUCUGUGGACUUCUGCCCCUGUGAUCUGCCUGGUUUUUUUAUCUACUGUGGUCAGAUAAAAAUCACAUAAACAACCUUCUAUCAUCCCCGUUUGGUUUUGGUCAGCUUGACCAGGCCGUCUGUGUGUUACCGAACCACUUCUUCACAUUCCUUUUUAAUUCAGACUGAAACAUUGUAAAGUUUGCAAGAACACAAACAACAGAAAAAUAAAAUUCAUCAGUUGUUGUUGCUAUCAUUACUGGCAAUGCAGCUUCCAACAACAAACCGGAA